AUGAGAGGAGCAUUCUCGGGUCAGCAGGCUUCUCCGCGCUACAGCCUGUCCCGAGGCACUGGCCCAGGGCAGACACCACCCUGGGCGAGGCGUGACCUGGGGCCGGGAGAGGGACUGUGUUGCGCUUGGCCUCAGGCCGGGUGGGGUGGGGGUGGGGGGGUCCUCAGGAGGCCGGAGGCGGAGAGAGGGAACGCCGGCUCCGAUGGUCCAGCCGCCGUGCGCCUCGCCGCUAUGGAGGCCUCCGAGAGGCCCGGGGAGAGCCGCUCGGGUCCACGCAGGCAGGGCUCCGGGACUCGCCAGCCCGCCCGCCGCUCGGCCCGGGGCCUUGGGAACCGGGAAACGAGCGCGCCGAGGCGGUGGCGGCCUCGCCGCUUUCAGUUUUCAUUGAGGCCGCUGGUUACUGUUUAA